GACGCGCGGGCUGCGGCGGCGUCAGACACCGUCCCCCCGCUGGUGCCAUGCGCACUGCCGCUUGUUGUUGUGGAGCUGGCUGUUAUGGCCGGACGAGGCCUCGGACCGAACUGAGAGAGGCAUCCCCCGCCUCUCGUCCUCUUCUUCCCUCCCCGUCCCAGUGCUACCUCCCCGGCCCCACGCUCCGCGGGUCACCGCCGCCGCGGGACAGCCGCCACACAUGGAGGGCACCGACAUGGACGUGGACGCGGAGCUCAUGCAGAAGUUCAGCUGCAUGGGCACCACGGACAAGGACGUCCUCAUCUCGGAGUUCCAGAGGCUGCUGGGCUUCCAGCUCAACCCCGCCGGCUGCGCCUUCUUCCUGGACAUGACGAACUGGAACCUCCAGGCUGCUAUCGGUGCAUAUUAUGACUUUGAAAGUCCCAAUGUCAACACACCAUCCAUGUCCUUUGUCGAAGAUGUGACAAUUGGAGAAGGAGAGUCCGUUCCUCCAGACACACCGUUCACAAAGACCUGGAGGAUACAGAACACGGGUGCAGAGGCGUGGCCGCCUGGGGUUUGUCUCAAGUACAUCGGUGGGGAUCAGUUUGGGCACGUGAACACAGUCAUGGUGAAGUCUCUAGACCCCCAGGAAAUAUCAGAUGUAAGUGUGCAGAUGCGAAGUCCCACAACUCCUGGCAUGUACCAGGGUCAGUGGAGGAUGUGUACGGCCACUGGGUUAUUCUAUGGAGAUGUAAUCUGGGUGAUCCUGAGCGUAGAAGUCGGAGGUCUCCUUGGCGUCACCCAGCAGCUGUCCUCCUUUGAGACCGAGUUCAACACCCAACCCCAACGGAACGUGCAGGGAGACUUCAACCCCUUCGCCUCGCCGCAGAAGAACAAGCACGACGCCACCGACGACAGCUUCAGAGAACCCGGUGGGGGGUGGGAACGCACACAGGAGCCAAUUCAGCAAGAUCAAAACGGACUGUCUCAUAAUGCUGUAAAUAGGGCCUCAAAUGGACUCCAAACCAAUCUUUCUGUUGUGACUUAUGGUCAGGGUAUUCACGGACCCUUUCCCUUUGGACAGAGCUAGAAUAACAGAAAGACCCCCCCUCUAUGAUGGAUGAUGAGCUGAACACCUUGGGAGUCCUUAACUUAAAGGAGUUGGAGGGGGGGGAGGGGGGAGUGGACAGUUGUUUUAUAUUGACUCAUGACAACCCUCUCCCCGGUCCGUUGCCCUUUUCCACAGAAACACAAAUUACAGUGAGGUGAUGGAUUGCAUCUGCGACAGUGAAACAUCCCCACCUGACAUCAACACCUGGAUUCGCAUGUGUGAAUGCUUCAUUUUAUGCUUCAAAAGAACCUUCAAGAUAGAUACACACAACUAUUUUUAUUUACAGUGUAAAACACAGCUAAUUAAAGGGAGAAUCAACCUUAAACAACCUACGUACAGUUCUGGUUUUCCCACGUCCCUUCAGGGUUCCUACACAGACCUGAACAUGUUUGGGAAGUCGUUGGCGCACGGUACAAAACUAGAUUUUGAGGCCUUUGUGGGAGAAGUGUGAUCUUUUACUCACCACAUGAGGGGUUUUUAAUAGAAGAGUGAGUGAGUGUGUGUGUGUGUGUGUGUGUGUGUGUGUGUGUGUGUGUGUGUGUGUGUGUGUGUGUGUGUGUGUGUGUGUGUGUGUGUGUGUGUGUGUGUGUGUGUGUGUGUGUGUGUGUGUGUGUGUGUGUGUGUGUGUGUGUGUGUGUGUGUGUGUGUGUGUGUGUGUGUGUGUGUGUGUGUGUGUGUGUGUGUGUGUGUGUGUGUGGUGAGUAUUGCCGGUCUUCACUGGACGACAGCCUUACACAAGUUUCACACACAAACCCAGGGAUUAACGUGGGAAGUUAAGCAGCUGGUGUGACAACGAGUCUGACCUCACACACCAGCCGCAUGGAAAUGCCUGAGUUCAAGAAAGACCACAACCGAAAAGCUCCAGAUAAAUCAAUGUGCUUUCGAAGCAUCUCCUCACAGUAUAUACAUGUCUUACAAGCUGUCACCUCAUUGGACUGAAAAUGGAUGAUUUGAGUGUGUGAAGGUAGAUAAUGUUCCAGUGUAUCUAUAAAAUGUGGGUUUAAUCACCUUGAGCGAGGAGCUGACUUCAUGGAAGAACAACUUAGAUGCUGACAAUGGUGACCCUGACAUGAUGGGCAUCAACAAUCUGUUGUGAACCAGUUGCCGAUGGAAUUUGACACCUUCAGGUCCAAUAAUCCGAUAUAAGUUUACAGGGGUUUAUUUUCUUUAAUCAGUGUCUCAAAAGGUUCAAAUAAGUUGUGAUCCAUCUCGUACAGAAUGAGAUGAUAAAUUAGCACAUUGUCAAUCUUUGAGGUUGGAAGAUUCUUGUCAUGUUUCAAGUAUUCUUGUAGUUUAAUGGAUGUCACCACCAGUAUCCGACUGUAUUUUAUUUAUGGCUCAGAAGUUACGAUGGUAACUGGUGUUCAUCCUUACACAAGUAGCUCCUUGAACCCUGGUGGCUAAGAAUAAUCUUCUACAUUAUUCUGAAGCAUUUAUCACCCAAACAUUUCACCAUUGCCCUUUUUUCUUUUUUUUUUUAAACCACCACAGCAGUGCCAGUCUUUCCUGUGACUUCUACAACACUGAGCAGCUCAUCUCUGCGUGGUUAUUAGAAGUUAAAAAAGAACACCAUAUUCAUCAAUGUCAAAAUGUCACAGCGCUCAGCCGCUAAUUCCAUACAUGACAUUUUAAGCAUGUAAAGACGAUUCCUAAAAAUCAUUGCAGAGAAGAUGUGGACGAUCCCUGUGUAGGAACCCAAUCUCUUCCAAAGAUAAAGUCCUUACAACCGAGACACUAAUCUGUGCUGUCAUACAACGACUCAGUCUGCCGCUCCAUUCAGACUGCUUGGGACAGUGUGUGUGUGUGUUUAUUUGUUUAUUUUGUUUGUUUAGUUUUUUUAAGGGUGGGUUUUUCGCUUUAAAUAGAUGCUGAAGCGCAAAAAGGUUUGCAAGCGAGUUUGAGCCUGUGAGAUGUGAGAACGCUGAAAAAGCCAUCUAAGUCCAUUUUGCCUGGUGAGUGACUGUGUUCUCUGAAGUCCACGGUGUGUUCACUAGAUGUGUGCGCGCGUGUGCAUGUAUGUUAAUGGUUUCUCUUUGAAUUUAACUGACAUUAAAUGGUGUAUACUACUUGGGCAAAGGAAGACGUGUCUAUUCUCACAUAUACGUGGAAACUGAGAGAGCUUUAGUCGGUGUGUACCUCUGAAGUAUUUGAAUUAUUCUCCGUCGUUUGGAUGAACCGACUCACUUGUUGCUGAUGUUAUUUAUUUGCUGUCACGUUGUGCAUUGUAGGUGCAAAAAAAAGAAGAAAAAAAGUCCCAUUUACAGCCAGCAGGCGGUGCUAAAACUCAAAUGACCAACUUGUCUGUGAGGAUUCUGUUCAUCCAGGGUUUAGGCAUCCAGAGCCCUGUUCCCGACGGGGCAUCGCAAUGAGUCCUCACGUGCCCCAGACCCCCUUGGUGCAGUCAGACCUGUACUUAGUGCUCAUUGUGAAACAGGUCAGAGGACGUCAGCUGAUAGAUCAGAUCUAGAGUUGGACUCAGGGGCGUUCUGGUGCCCUUACUUGUGAUCUGAUCACUGAGGAUGGAUGUUGACAACAGGUCUGAACAGGGUCCGAGACAAAUUGAAUCAAAGGCAGCUGGAACCGGUCGUGCAGACGUUUCACCGCUCAACAAAUAGAGCUCUGUCAUUUCUGACUUUAACAACAGUCAUUAGAGCGAUUGAAAUCCCCCUGAGGCCAAGUGGGAAGGUUGUUAAAUCUCUCCAGGAGGGAUGAAAGGAGACGAAAGCAGGUCGGGGAUUAGGUGAUGUUCACCAACUCCUCUCUGCUUUGACGUUGAUGGCUUCCUUCCUUCCAUGUUCAAACUACCUGUCCUCCCUGUCUGCAUGUUGUUGCCAUCGGAGGAUUAGCCAUUAUAACUGCAUCUUUUUGACCCCCCAUGCGUUUCUCUGAGUAUUCGGCCUGUGCACUCCUCACUACACACCUUAGAUUGGUUAUCUGAGUGUGCCAUCUUUUACAGGCACCAGUUUGUAUGUUUUCAUGUGUCAACACACACGCACAGAAACUGGUGCAUUCAAAUUUACGGUUAUUUACCUUCGGCCUCAGCUGACAAGGAACUUUAACUCGGAGACACCAGCAGCUUUGAUAUCGACUCCCUGGAGGUUAAAUACUUUCACCAGUCAGUCAGAACUGAAGAAGCCCGCGAGCUCAAACGUCUUUUAAGCAUCUCCAACCAGGUCCAGUUGCCCUUUAAUUCAACUUUUCACAGGGGAAUGACCAACGUUUACUUGACAUGCUGAGAACAUUGAGAGGAAAAGGUGACAAGCUGUAGUUGGACUGUAGUAAGACAAUUUUAAUAUGAAAAUUAAGGGUUUGCAUCAGCAUUAUAAGCACUGAUGUUUUCUUAUUGCUAUUUGCACAAAGCUCUCCACCACUAAUGCUAAUGAGGGCGAACGAGGAUUCUUUUUGUUUGGCUUAUUGUUGGGACCUUUCCGGAAGGUUUGAUUGAUGAGUUCAAUGUAAUUCUUCAUUAUUUCCCAGCCAUUGGCUUCUUUAUUUAGGUUUGACUGUCCCACCAGAGUUUUUACUUCAGCUUUGCUGUAUGUUGCUUAUGUUAGAUAAAUAAUCUCAUGUAUUUUGGCUUGAAAAUAAAAUUUAAGAAGUUGUUGAUAGACUUAAUAUCUCUUUUAUUUCCUGAAGGGAUAUUUCAUUCAAACAGAAUCGUAAGUUUUUUUGCAUUUAAAGUUAUCAAAUUUUCUCCCAGUUGUAAUAAUGAACAUCUAAUUGUAAUUCUCUAUAUUGAGAGUUCAUUGCCUUUAUGAUCGUGUACACGUGUUUGUGUAAUUCACCAGCAUUCUGUGUUGCAUCUGUCUGUGACUGUGAUGAAUCGGCGGAGAGUCCUCCUCCCAAACAGUAUACACUGUUCUGGAUUGCUUCGUUGAGUCAUGUCACUCUUUUUUUUGUGUGUUUGUGUGUGUGUUUGUGUGUGUAGGCUUUCCUCUUGUGAUCUUGCUUGUGUGCAUUUCUGUGUGUGUGUGGGUGUGAGAGAGAAAGUGACGGAUGGUGAGGAAAUUUGCAUAUUGCUGGAUUCAUUCUCUAGUUUUAGUUAGUGACGAUGUAUGGACUGGUGAAGGGUGGCAUGGUGAGCAGAUACGAUGAAAGUUUACAGAGUCCUGAAAUAGCACAUUUUAUCUGAAGAGAAAAUGUCAAAAUAAAGCUUUUUUCCCCCCCUGUAUCUAUAAUUACGCAUUUGUAUGAUUAAAUUAACACUGAAACAAUGA